CUAGCUUCAACAUUUCAAGGUUGCAAAUUGCAACACCUCCUUUCUACUUUUCAAUUGCUUUGUGAUCUUCACUCUCUCAUGGCCACCUUCAUGUUAAGGUCUAACAAAGCAGUUCAUGCCUUUGGCUGGCUCUGUCUCCUGCUGAUGGUGCACAAGGGUGCUUCCUAUGAUUUCAUUGUUGGGGGACAAAAGGGUUGGAGUGUUCCAAAUGACCCCAGUUUCAACCCUUUCAAUCAAUGGGCAGAAAAGAGCCGUUUUCAAAUUGGAGACUCCCUUGUGUUCAACUACCAAUCUGGCCAAGACUCAGUGCUCUAUGUAAAGAGUGAAGACUAUGCCAGCUGCAACACAGGCUCACCUUAUGCAAAAUACUCUGAUGGCCACUCAGUCAUCAAACUAAACCAAUCAGGGCCUCACUUCUUCAUAAGUGGCAACAAAGAUAACUGUCUCAAAAAUGAAAAGUUGACAGUGAUUGUGCUAGCUGACAGGAGCAAAAACACAAACCAAACAACCAAUGCUUCUCCACCCUCACCACAAUCACCAUCAUCUCCUUCACCAGCACCUACUGGCCAAGAGGGUCAAUCUCCCCCACCAGACACAAACCAAACACCAAGCCCUGUCAGUGAACCUCCCCCUCAUCCUAAUGCUGCUGCUUCAGCCUUUGUCUCCUUUGCUGCCUCUGUUGGAGCAUUCAUGGCUUCAGUGCUGGUUUUCUCCCUCUAAUAAGUUUGCAUGAGUGGUUGAGUAUUAAUUUCAUUUUAUUAUUUUUUUCAUACGAUUCUUUUUUCUGUUCUUUGUUUCCUAUACUUUGAGUUCAUGAGCUGUUCAACUGGCUGGUCUUUGGUUCAAAGUUGGGAUGAUGUUUGAUAUUUGUUUGUGAAGAUUGAAUAAUAAGCUGACAGUAAUAUACCCUUUUGUGUGCUUCUUACUCCAUGAUGUAAAAAUGCUGUGCAUAUUGAAAUGAAAUAAAACGUACCAAUUUUUAUUUGAUUCA